UAUAUGGCUUUCAAGAGCAUCCAUGAAAUAUGACUUCUCGAAGUGGCAUGUGGAAAGGCUGACUUAUUUCAUAACACAAAAUGACAGUGAUUUGCAAAUAGAGUGCAAGAAUAAGAACUUGGGAAUGCAAUUUUACGCAAAAGAUAACCUGUACACGUAUUACUUGGAUGGGAACCAAAAGACCGUUUUUAAGGAUGUGACUGUACCCAAAAUUCGCAGCGUUUAUGUGUCGCCACAUGCUUUAUUGGCACCUUAUCAAUUUCAAACCAUCCCUUCAGAAGAAAUUUCAUGUUCAAGUUUGGUCGAAGUUCCUAUUUGGUACGAAACAGCAGAAGAACCUUUGAAUUAUUCGGAAAAGUUUUUAGUCGCCGCAUCUCAAGUAACAAGUCAAAGACUAAAAAUAAUCGUGGGGACUUACGAAACGCUCACACUCCAGACAGAAAAAGGUAAUAAACCACACGAAAUGUUUCUGAAUGGAAAAAAGAUACCAAUACCCAAAAUCAUUUACAAGAUAGUCAAAUUCAAAUCACACAAUCGUGGCGUCGGAAAAAGAACAUACUGGUUUAAUGCAGUUAUCGUGAUCCACAACCAACCUCAAGUCAAUAAGGAAGAUAUAAUUUGCGAAGAUAAAUCCAAAUAUUGGGGCUGGGAAAGUCUCCGAUACAUGAGUACAACCAACAGGGAUGAGAAUACAAAAUCAGAUUUUAUUUACGUUUGCGAACUAGACAAAGAUAUGCAAACGAAAUUAGGUUACUAUACAUCUAAUGAGUUAAAUUUAGAGUUGGAUUAUUUUCCUAGUUAUAAUAAAAAGAACGCUAGAAUAGAAUUUGAAAACUGGCAGGAAAAGUUUGAAACAAGAAUGCGAGAUUUGUUUGAAACGACCCCGGAGCCGGUGGUGGAUUCUAACAGGUCAGAAACACAGAAAGAAAUAUGAAUCAAUUCAAUAUGGUAAACGGUGUAGGUAAUUAUUAUUUAAGUAGUUUUGUAAGAAGCAAUUAUUCAUUAAAUUAGAUUAAUAAGUUAUUUUUAGUGGAUGGGAUUGGUGGUUUUUAAAUCACUAAGUAAUUUAAUUUGUACCUACCUGAAUAAUAUGCUACACAAUUGUACAGCACAUACAUAAAUACAACUUUCAGAAACAA